AGACGUGAAAGCGUCCACAGUGGGGCAGAAGCAGGUUGUUAAAAGAGUUGCUGGGGGGUAUUGCUAUAGUUGUUACAAUCAUUUAGAAUUAUGAUAGCAACGUAUAAUGCAAUAUACAAGCAAGAAAAUUCAACUCUUUAUUGUCCCACGUCACCAUCGAAAUUCGAGUAUUUUUAUAAGAUUUUUGUCAUCAGCUAUCUGGAGUGUGAAGAAUUGUUAUAUCGGCUUAUUAGACUUUGCCCGAGUUGAUUGAAAAUUUAAUUACAAAAUGCCAUCAGAGAUCACACGGGAUAUGCACUAUAAGAAUCGUUCAACUGUCUAGAAGUCUUGAUAUACUCUGUGGGUGAUCAUUGACAGUUUUACAAACUUAAGCUUGUAACUUUAUCAGAGUAACUAUUUAUUUGUUGCUUUCACUUUACACUGUUAUUUUUUUUACAGACCGAUCAUUGAAGAAAUGCCGGAAAUCUCUGUACAUCUUAUAUAUGACAAAGUGAUGAAAGUUAUUGAAUGACAGUUUACAAAGAAGAAAAAUAUGCGAAUCAUAACCUCAGAGGAUUCUAUGCGAUUUAUAAAAGUACAGUUUUCCCUUUAAACUUACGUUUGUCAAUUAACUGCAAUCAUGGCGAAUACUAACCAAAUUUCGGAUAUUUCCGAAGAAGAUACUAACAAUAUGUGGUACUCGACAGCAAUGGAGCAAGCACAAUUUGGCCAUUUCAAUUACGCCGUCUUGACGCUAGGUGGCGUUAUAAGCGCUACGAUCGCAGCGCCCGGAAGUUCUUUAGUGGAAGCUCGUGAUGUCAUUUCUUGCGACUUGGGGAUGAACCGAAACAAUCAGGUUCUUUUUAAUAAAUGCACGAUUAUAGCAUUGAUAGCAGGCAGUCUGGCGGUAUCGAUAAUCGCUGAUCGUUUCGGCAGAAUUGUACCUUUGAUGGUAGUCCUCAUCCUUUAUGGUAUUUUUACCAUGGCUUUGACAUUCUGCACUCAUUUUAUUUCUUUCACAAUUUGCUCCAUUCUCCGUGCAUUUGGAGCGUCAGCUACUUUUUGCAUCUUGCUGGUUUAUGUUGCCGAGGUUCAAACUCCCAGAUACAGAGGAUCCGGAAUAUGUACAAUAUACAUGUGUUGGGUGCUCGGUUCACUUAUAAUACCAAUUCUUAACAUUAAUUGGGGAUUAGCACAAUUUAUGUUUGGUCUUGUGGCGGUCCUUUGUGCCGCUGUUGUUCCAUCCGUUUUUUUAAGAAGUCCGCGAUUCUUGUUGUCAACCGGAAGGAAUAGCGAGGCUUGGGAAACUUUUAAGAUAAUAUUUGCUCUCAAUACUAACGAACAUCAAAAUGAAUAUUCGAAAAAACAAUUAGUUGACGAUUCGAAUAUACAGUUAACGAAUCUACAUAAAUUGCAAUUAUAUAUACCAAAAUCAUUGCAACCACCAUGGUAUUGUACUGUAAUCAGUCUUCAGACACAACUUGUAUUUAAUCUAUGUCUUUUUUCCAUGAGUUGGUGGUUUCCAGAAAUAAAUGUUCGUCACGUAUUAAUAUUUCCAAGUGUGUUUGAAUCUAUUGGAUGCGCUAAUGACAAAGGACCAUUAAGAGACAAAUAUUUUCCAGCAGCACUGCGUGUAAAGGAGCAACAGGAACGGUUACCAGCCUUAGAAACUUUCUGUGAAAUUGAAAAAACUGAUAAUUAUUAUUACGAUGAGAUGAUGUGCAUCGCUUUGACUAACCUGCCGUUUAUAGUUUGGAUGAUUAUAAAAAUAGAUAGUUCUGGCCGUAGUUACUUUAUCAUCUUGAGUCACGUAAUUGGAGGAUUUAUGUCCUUUGUGGUAUAUUUCUUAAUUAAUACACCCCAAAGUGUCCUGUAUACUUGUAUUAUGGAAAGUCUGUUAUGUGUCAGUCGUGCAGCUGUUUCUUGUCUCAUUAUGGAAUUUUGUCAUACCAAAUAUAGGACACUGGGAAUUGGCAUGAUGUAUAGUCUAAGCUAUGCAGGAAUGUUGAUUGGUAUAAGAGGAUGGAUAAUAUUUGAAAUGAAUUGCGUCUUCAUUAUAUCGAUAUUGGGUAUACUGAUAACAAGUACGUUGAAAAGUGGAAAAAAAAAUAAUUGUAAGAAAAAUCAAUUUUACUUUCCAAUUGAAUAUGGACGAUUCAACGAUUUUGAUAAAUAAGUAUUAAGUACAAAAUUAUUUUAUUACGUCGU